CUGUUGACUCUGCAACGCAAUGUACGUACUUGGAUUAUGCUACGAACAUGGGAAUGGUUCAAGUUGUACGGAAGAGUUAAGCCAAUGCUCAGGGCUGGCAAGAUCACUGAGGAGAUGGAGAAACUUAACGAGCAAAUCAAAGCGCUUGAGCAGAAUCUCCAAAAAGAAGAGGGCAACCGAAAAGAUCUUGAGGAUCAGGUGAAAAAGCUGUCGGAUGAGAAGACGGCUCUGUUCGGAACUCUCGAACAAGAGAAGGCUAAACUGGUCGAAUCCGAGGAGCGAUACAACAAGUUGAGUGCAGCUAAAGCCGAUCUCGAACGACAACUGAACGAGCUGAGCGAACGAAUCGCCGAGAUGGAGGACCGCCAAGGAGAUAUGGACCGAAAACGCAAGAAGGACGAGAGUGAAAUCAACGAGUUGAAACGAAAGAAUAAUGAAUUGGAAAUGUCAUUGCGAAGAGCUGAAACCGAGAAGCAAGCACGUGAGCAAAAUAUUCGUUCGUUACAAGACGAAAUGGCUAAUCAAGAUGAAAGUCUUGCAAAAACCAACAAAGAAAAGAAACACCAGGAAGAAAUGAAUCGUAAAUUGAUGGAAGAUCUUCAAGCAGAAGAGGACAAAGUGAACUAUUUGAACAAAUUGAAGAGUAAACUCGAACAACAACUCGAUGAUGUACGUUCGUUUGAAUGGAAGAAACAGUUUGAACGAGACAAACGAGCCCGUCAGGAUCUGGAGAAAGCCAAACGAAAGGUUGAAGGUGAGCUGAAAGUUUCGAUGGAGAACGUCGACGAAAUCAACAAGCAAAAGCACGACAUCGAACAGAAUCUGAAGAAGAAAGAGGCCGAUCUGAUGAUGACAUCGAGUAAACUCGAAGAGGAGGCCGCUCUUGUCAGCAAACUUCAGAAGCAAAUCAAAGAGUUGGAGACACGUAUCGUUGAACUAGAAGAGGAUCUGGAGCAAGAGCGUCAGUCACGCUCCAAAUCGGAUCGUAACCGCUCGGAGCUUCAACGUGAACUGGACGAACUGGGCGAACGUCUCGAAGAACAAGGCGGUGCCACGGCUGCACAAAUUGAGCUGAACAAGAAACGUGAGGCGGAAAUGGCGAAGCUGAAACGCGAUUUGGAAGAAAUGAAUAUGAAUAACGAGAUGCAAAUCGCAUCGUUGCGUAAGAAACACAACGAUGCAAUCGCUGAGUUGAGCGAUCAGCUCGAGCAAUUGCAGAAGAUGAAGGCAAAAAGUGAUAAAGACCGAGCACAGCUAUUGCGAGACGUUGAAGAGGCGCACUCAAGUGCCGACUCAGAAUGCCGAGCCAAGCAAGAGUUCGAAAAACAAGCGAAACUUGUCGAAAUGCAAUACUCUGAACUACAAGCCAAAUCCGAUGAACAGGUUCGUCUUAUUAACGACUUGACGUCGUUGAAGAGUCGUCUCACGAACGAAAACGGUGAUAUGACACGCCAAAUUGAGGACCUCGAGAACCAGGUAGGUAGUAAUACCAAUAAGAAAUUUGAGUGUGAAUGGAUUUUUGAUCCCGAGGAGAUAUGCUCAAAUAGCGAGCGACAGACUUUGGCCGCUCAAGUGAAGAAUCUUGAACAUGAGAACGAUAAUCUGAGAGUUCAUGGCGAUGAAGAGGCUGAGGUUGAUGUUGAACGUACUGCAAACUACGCGGCCAGUUUGGAGAAGAAACAGAAAUUCUUUGACCGUAUCGUUGAAGAAUGGAAGAAGAAGACCGAUGAUUUAUCAGCCGAACUCGAUGCCGCUCAACGUGACAAUCGCAAUCUUGCCACUGAAUUGUUCAAAUCCAAGACUGCACAAGAUGAACUUCUUGAACAAAUCGAGAGUCUCCGACGUGAGAACAAAUCGCUCGCGAUGGAGAUCAAGGACCUUACCGAUCAACUCACUGAAGGCGGUCGAUCGGUACAUGAAUUGCAAAAGAUGGUUCGUCGUCUAGAGGCCGAAAAGGAAGAGCUUCAGAAGGCAUUGGAUGAUGCUGAGGCUGCGCUUGAAGCUGAAGAGGCGAAAGUACUACGUGCUCAGGUCGAGGUAUCACAAGUUCGUGCCGAAAUCGAGAAACGCCUUCAAGAGAAGGAAGAAGAAUUCGAGAAUACUCGAAGAAAUCAUCAACGUGCAAUGGAAAGUAUGCAAGCAACCCUGGAAGUGGAAAUCAAAGCCAAGAAUGAGGCACUGAGAAUCAAGAAGAAGCUGGAACAAGACAUUAAUGAGCUUGAAAUCGCUCUUGAUCAUGCGAAUAAGGCUAACGCAGAUGCACAGAAGAACAUCAAACGUUAUCAAGAACAAAUCCGUGAACUACAACUGCAAAUCGAAGAUGAACAACGACAGAAAGAAGAUUUAGUUGAGCAAUUGCAAGGCAUUCAGAAGAGAGCUGCGAUACUGCAAGCCGAAAAAGACGAGCUCGCGAAUCAAGCUGAAGCUGCCGAACGUGCCAGACGUAGUGCUGAACAAGAUGCGAUUGAACUACGUGAACAAGUGAACGAUUUGACGAAUCAAGUGACUGUGAUCAAUAAUACACGAAGAAAGCUCGAAGGAGAGUUACAAGCUGUUCACAUUGAUCUGGAUGAUGUGCAAAACCAACUGAAGACCACUGACGAGAUGUUGAAGAGCGCGAGUGCAGAUGCAGCUCGUCUAGCCGAAGAGCUACGUCAAGAACAGGAGCACUCACUUCACGUUGAUCGUAUGAGACGUGCACUUGAGGUUCAAAUCAAGGAAAUGCAGGUACGUUUGGAUGAAGCCGAAGCAGCCGCUUUGCGUGGAGGUAAGAAGAUCAUCGCUAAGCUUGAGGAACGCAUUCGAUCCAUGGAACAAGAACUGGACAUGGAACAGAGACGUGGCUCGGAUAUGGAGAAAGAGAUCAAGAAGGGCGAUCGACGUAUCAAAGAACUUGAAUUCCAGUGUGAAGAGGACCGCAAGAACAGCGAUCGGCUGACAGAAUUGUGCGAUAAACUCCAAGUGAAAAUCAAAAUCUACAAACGACAAAUGGAGGAAGCUGAGGAAGUAGCAGCCGUGAAUAUGGGUAAAUAUCGUCAGUUGAUGACACAAGUUGAUGACGCGAAUGAACGUGCCGAUAUUGCUGAGAACUCGUUGGCUAAGCUACGCACAAAGAAUCGUGCUUCCACCAUGGGACCGUUGGGACUCAGUGCAAGUGCCAGCUUCAUUCGAGUUGCAUCUGCCUCGGAGUUUAUCAGCAACAACCAACAACAACAACAACAAUAA